GCGAGGCCGCCGGAAACGGGCGGGGAAGGAGCGCGGUCGUCUCAGUCCCGCGCGGAGCGGCCCGGUGCGGUCCCUGCUUCUCGCCCGGCGCCAUGUCUCGGCGGCGGCACAGCGACGAUAGCGAUGACAGCGAUGGGCAGCCUCACAAACGGCGGAGGACGUCGGAGCCGUCGGAGAUCGAGCAGAGGCUCGAGUCGCUCAUCUGCAGAGUGGGGGAGAAGAGUAAUUCAUCCCUGGAGAGCAACUUGGAGGGCCUAGCUGGUGUAUUGGAAGCUGAUCUACCAAAUUACAAAAGCAAGAUACUAAGAAUUCUGUGUACUGUUGCACGUCUGUUACCAGAAAAGCUUACUGUUUACACAACACUAGUUGGGUUGCUGAAUGCCAGGAACUACAACUUUGGUGGGGAAUUUGUAGAAGCCAUGAUUCGUCAGCUUAAGGAAUGUCUGAAAGUCAAUAUGUACAAUGAAGCUGUGCAUUUAGUUCGUUUUCUGUCUGAUCUCGUGAAUUGUCAUGUAAUAGCUGCGCCUUCGAUGGUAGCUAUGUUUGAGAACUUUGUGAGUGUGACGCAGGAGGAAGACGUACCGCAAGUACGAUGUGACUGGUAUAUGUUUGCAUUUCUGUCGUCUUUGCCUUGGGUUGGAAAGGAAUUGUAUGAGAAAAAGGAUGCUGAGAUGGAUCGUCUCUUAUCUCAGACAGAAAGCUACCUGAAGCGCCGCCAGAAAAUUCAUGUACCAAUGUUACAAGUUUGGACUGCUGAUAAACCACAUCCACAGGAAGAGUACUUAGACUGCCUCUGGUCUCAGAUUCAGAAGUUGAAAAAAGACCGUUGGCAAGAGCGACACAUUCUGAGGCCCUACCUGGCUUUUGAUAGCAUUCUUUGUGAAGCACUGCAGCACAAUCUGCCCCCCUUCACUCCUCCGCCUCACACUGAAGACUCAGUAUAUCCUAUGCCAAGGGUUAUUUUUAGGAUGUUUGACUACACUGAUGACCCUGAGGGCCCUGUCAUGCCCGGCAGCCACUCUGUUGAACGAUUUGUAAUAGAAGAGAACCUUCACUGCAUCAUCAAAUCCCACUGGAAAGAGAGAAAAACUUGUGCUGCCCAGCUGUUGAGCUACCCAGGAAAUAACAAGAUACCCUUGAACUAUCACAUUGUAGAGGUAAUUUUUGCAGAGCUGUUUCAGCUUCCUUCUCCGCCACACAUCGAGGUCAUGUACACAACACUCCUGAUUGAACUGUGCAAACUUCAGCCUGGUUCUUUACCACAAGUUCUUGCGCAAGCCACAGAAAUGCUCUACAUGCGUUUGGACACAAUGAAUACAACCUGUGUAGACAGAUUCAUUAACUGGUUUUCUCACCACUUGAGUAACUUCCAGUUCCGUUGGAGCUGGGAGGACUGGUCAGAUUGUCUUACUCAGGACCUUGAAAAGCCCAAACCCAAAUUUGUGAGAGAGGUUUUGGAAAAAUGCAUGCGACUCUCCUACCAUCAGCGAAUAAUCGACAUUGUUCCUGCAAGCUUUUCUGUCCUCAGUCCUGCAAACCCAGUGUGUAUCUACAAGUAUGGAGAUGAAAGCAAUAGGUCUCUUCCUGGAUAUACCGUGGCCCUCUGUUUAACAAUUGCAAUUAAAAACAAGGCCAGUAAUGAUGAAAUCUUCAGCAUUUUAAAAGAUGUGCCUAACCCAAACCAGGAUGAUGAUGAUGAUGAAGGAUUUACUUUCAAUCCUUUGAAAAUAGAAGUCUUUGUUCAGACUCUGCUCCAUCUAGCUGCAAAGUCUUUCAGCCACUCCUUCAGCGCCCUGGCGAAGUUUCACGAAGUCUUCAAAACACUUGCUGAAAGUGAUGAGGGAAAACUCCAUGUUCUGAGAGUUGUGUACGAGGUCUGGAAGAACCAUCCACAGAUGAUUGCUGUGCUUGUGGACAAGAUGAUUCGGACACAAAUUGUUGACUGUGCUGCAGUUGCAAACUGGAUCUUCUCCUCAGAGCUUGCGCAUGAUUUUACUAGGUUUUACAUCUGGGAGAUCUUGCAUUCCACAAUUCGUAAGAUGAAUAAGCAUGUUCUGAAGAUUCACAAAGAACUGGAGGAUACUAAGGCAAGAUUGGCCAGACAACAUAAAAGACGAGAUAGCGACGACGACGACCGGAGCAGUGACCGGGAGGACGGGCCUCUGGAGGAACAGAUAGAGCGCUUGCAGGAGAAGGUCGAGUCAGCCCAGAGCGAGCAGAAGAACCUCUUCCUUGUUAUAUUCCAGCGCUUCAUUAUGCUGUUAACUGAGCACUUAGUGCGCUGCGAAACCGGUGGGAUUGACGUAUUUACACCUUGGUACAAGAGCUGCAUAGAAAGGUUGCAGCAGAUCUUCCUGCAGCAUCACCAGAUAAUCCAGCAGUACAUGGUGACCUUCGAGAACCUCCUGUUUACAGCUGAGUUGGACCAUCACAUCCUGGCUGUCUUUCAGCAGUUCUGUGCUCUGCAGGCCUGAGGAGUAUUCCUGGGUGAAGUCUUGUUUGCAGGACUGUAACAAUUUUUUUUUUUUAAACUUGACAUGGGGAUGAAAAAAAAAAAAACUUUUUGACUAAAACUGGCUUUCAUAUGCUCCUAUAUAAAACAAUUCAGUUCUCUAACCAACAGCAGACUGUAAGCAUCCUAAGCCUUACUAGAUACGACUCAUAGGGGAUUGACAUGAAGUAAAGCGUGAAUUCUUUUAAUCUGUUUUUAUUUUGGUUUGACUCUUGACUUCAUGAUGGUAUUUUUGUUUCUCCCUUGUUUAUAUAGAAACGAAAACCGGGCAAAAAUCAGUAUAGGAUUUGUUACCUCUGCCUGGCCCUUCAAUCAAAGAAAUGUGAAGCAGUUUGUAGUAUUUUCUAAGCGUGAAAGGGAAUGCACUUUCUAAAUGAGCAGUGUGAUAAAUUCUCUAGUAUGGCAUAGGAAAAGUGUCUUAAUUUGGGGCAUGUGAAACAAUGCGUUAAGCUUUUUAAAGUAGUAUAGAGCAUAUGGAUUGAGUAUGUUUUUAAAAUGUAUUGUCUGGUGUCCUAUUCCAGUAGCUAUAAGCAAUCAGUAGAGGAAUUUGAUGGAUAAAUUCUGAAAAAUGCAAUCCUCUUUGCAGUCUGGUCAAACUUUCGAACUCUUCCUGGCAGUAGCUUCCACUGGUGAACAGAAGCGGUGAGCAACACUUGGAGUGGGGCAGAUUUUCUGCUGUGCUCCUGCAGCCCUCCCUGUGCUCUGGGAUCCUCCAGCCCCAAACGCCGGGGGCGAGGGCAGGGCAGCGCUCAGCUCGCUCUUUAGGUUCCGCCUGCGACUCGCUGGGCUGCCAUGCUUGCACUGGACUAGACCUGCAGGCCUGCAGUGACGCCAGAAAUGCUUCUGUUACUCAUGGUGGAUGAACCGGGUGCCGCUCCUUGUCUGGCUCAGCAACAGCUGCUUUGUGGUGGCCUUGGCCGCUUUGAAGCGUGGCAGCAGCAUGUGGCUGCCCUGUCACCUGAAAGCAUUGUAAUGCUAACUGAAGCGGUACCUUGCCAGGAGACUCAGACUGGGGAAACACGUAACCUGAAAAUAGAGUAGCCUUAGUUUUGAGUUAUGCAAAUAACAUUACUUAUAUAAAUGCCAAAUCAGAGUGGUCUGUGUUAUGAUAAGCAGUGAUGAAUGGCAAAGACACUGCCUUAGGUGCUCAGGUCUCUACUGUACAGCGUACUUCCAAGCUGUUUGUGUUCUCUUUACUUUGCGGGUGAAUGUUUAAAGAAUUUCAUACCCAGUGCUACUCAGUUCGAGCUUGAAAGUGAUGAAUUUUAAGUAAUUUCGUUCCUGUACAAAUUAUUUUUUUUCCUCAGUGUUUUGCUUCACAAUGCAAUUCAUCCCAACAUUAAUAAAUUGACCUCCUAAUAAAGUGAGGAGAGCGAAAAGGAAAAUUUCUGAGUGUUGACCUAAGCUUGUACGUGGCUCGUAGCAGUUGGACACGUCCUCAUAGACUUCAGUUGGUUAUUUCUGCUUUCACUGCUUACCCCCUCUGGUUUGACUGGUCCCUCUCUUCCUUUAGGGUAUCCUGUUAUGUGUUAUAAAUUUGCUUUUUGCAAGGGUUUUGUCAGUCAUGCACAGUUCUGCUUCAAAUCUUUCUGUUAAUGUUCUCGAGCAAUUAAAUGGUGUUUUUUAAAAGAAACGUUUAGCAUUGCAGAGGUUUUAAUUGGGGGUUGUUUGUUUUUUUUUUUUCUUCCACUGUCUCAGAUCAGUAAGGAGUUCUGAUUUUAACUAACAAUGGGGAUCUAAGCGACUGUAAAUGUGACUGCUGUAAAAGUGGCGAUGCGGUUACAAUGUGCAACCUGUAACUUGCUCUGAGCCUCGACAAAUAGUGGUGCUGGGGAUCCAGUUGCAAAUACCUGCACGUGGACAGCGUAAUCCUAUGAUUUAAAACCCAAUUUGCACUUUCACAAUGGAUCGAACUCCCAUGAUGGGCUUUGACAUCUCUAUAGUCUGUUGGAAGUCUUCCCCUCUUUCUAAGUCCAGUGCCGUACGCCUGUCCUGACUUGGGAAACUGGUUGGUCUAUAGGAAGACUGAGAUGCUUGCACAGUGAUACCAGCAGCUACCUAACUUGAGGAACUCGGAACUGCGGAAGCAUGGGGUGGUGGAUAGUGUAAAGAUGCCAUGUGGCUGGAAAAAAAAAAAUGCACAAUUAUUAAAGACAAAAAUAAAUGAAGGUGAAGCAGGUUA